GGCGGGAGUGUGGCCAUGUGCGGGCCAAGCUCCUCCCCGCCGCCGCCGCCCCUCGCCGCGCCGCGGGGACGUGCAGCGGCUCGGCGGGCCAUGGAGGCGGGCGGCGGGGCCGGGGCCCGGUGCCCCGCGCUGCUGCUGCUCCUGCUGGCGGCGGCGCUGGGAGGCGAGGCGGAGGCGGAGGAGCCGCGGCCGGCGCGGCAGCGCGGGGACGAGCAGUGCCAUUACUACGCGGGCGGGCAGGUGUACCCCGGGGAGGCGGCCCGGCUGCCCGUCUCCGACCACUCGCUGCACCUCAGCCAGGCCAAGAUCUCCAAGCCAGCACCUUACUGGGAGGGAACAGCAGUCAUUAAUGGAGAGUUUAAAGAGCUGAAGCUAACAGAUUAUGAAGGAAAAUAUCUUGUCUUCUUCUUCUAUCCUCUUGACUUUACAUUUGUCUGUCCAACUGAGAUAAUUGCCUUCAGUGACCGAAUUGAAGAAUUCAGAGCAAUAAAUACUGAAGUAGUAGCAUGUUCUGUGGACUCAAAAUUCACUCACUUAGCAUGGAUUAAUACUCCUCGUAAACAAGGAGGACUUGGACCAAUGAAGAUUCCCCUUCUUUCUGAUCUGACACACCAGAUUUCAAAGGAUUAUGGAGUGUAUCUGGAAGAUCAAGGACAUACACUCAGAGGCCUUUUCAUUAUUGACAAUAAGAGAAUCCUUCGACAGAUCACAAUGAAUGACCUUCCUGUUGGGAGAUCAGUGGAUGAAACACUUCGUUUAGUGCAAGCAUUCCAGUACACAGACAAACAUGGAGAAGUUUGCCCUGCGGGUUGGAAGCCUGGCAGUGAAACAAUAAUUCCAGAUCCAGCUGGAAAACUGAAGUAUUUUGAUAAACUAAACUGAGGCUCACUUCUGUUGAAUUCAAUAGGUCACAUUCAACUUGAUUUUUGCCAAUAAAAUUUCAUUAAUUUUGGUA